UGUGACGCACGUCGCGUCCUCUCUCGGGUCAGCAUCGGAAAUAUGUGCUGCUACACAGACAGGAUGAGACCGGAUCCAGUGUGCACAGCAUACACCUGCAGUUACUUAGAAGUGGACACGACCCUUUCUCCUCCUCUCUCGUCCUUGAGAUCAGCCGCUUUUUGAAGAUUUUGUUGGGACCAAAGCCAAGAGAAAAUCUGGGGACCUGAAACUCGCACUGGGAAUAUUUCCAAUCAGAUUUCGGGAUUUUUGAGUUCAUGAGCGCUUUUGUACCUCCAAGUUGCAACACAGCCAGUCAUGAAAAAGUAAAAGAAGAAAGUGUGAGAAGACAGCUCCUCGAUGAAAAAGAGCUGUAUUGUUUUUCAGAAUUGCGUUUUUACGCAUAUGCAUCUCAAACCUGGAGUGAAACACAGGCUGUGAAAUUACAGAAAAUAUUUGAAGCUUCGUCUUUCUCUAACUGAAACACAGAUUUCUACUAAUGGUUGUCAUGGCUCACACCAGCGCGCGGAUGUGAAUAAAGAUAAACUCACAGAUUUACAGAUUGGGUAACAUCCAGCUUAAACGCGACUUUGCUUUCCCGUCACCUCUGGUCACAAAACGGGACAUUCUGAAGCGGAGGUGCCGUGGUUAACGCCAUGAGACCAUCCAAAUACUAAUGUGAUGGGGUGUUGAUGGAGAGGAUUUCGGAUGUCAGCCGGGACAGUGGUCAUCGCAGGAGGAAUUUUGGCUACAGUCAUCUUACUGACGAUCGUCGCUGUGCUGUGUUUAUGUAGGUUGCAGUAUUACUGCUGUAAGAGGGAGGAGUCUGAGAAGGGGGAAGAGGAGGAACCUGAGCUCGCCACCAUGUCGCCGUCUCGCCCCCUGGCUCUGUCGGCUCCCCCUACGCCUCCGACACCAGAGCAAUACAGUGACGAGCCCGAGACGUACCCUCCCACUUUCCUCACUGAAGCCAACGGCCCCGUCAGCUACUCACCUCCGCCUCCGCCACCACGCAGGUGCUAUCGCUCGCAUGCCUUCUGCCCUUCCUGUGCCCGCUGCUCACUGCCCUUCUACUUGCAGCACCCAGAGAGGCUGUGCAAUGGCGGUCGCAGGAUCAGCUACAGGACUGUGCAGCAGCAGGACAUGGAGUUGCCCAUGGACUUGGCCAGCUUCUACCAGAAGCUGAACCUCAUCCGCCAGGUCACCAUGAAGGAAGUAGUCACCCACAGCGUCAGCACCGACGUUUAGGAAAGCAGCACCGCUGAUUUAAACGAUUCGAUACACAUUCAAUUAUUUCAGCACUUUGCUGUCAGUGUUAAACUGAUAAAUGGCUUUUAGACCAAACGUCAGGGCAGCGAUGAUGGAAAUUCUGCAACGCUAAACGCAUCAUCUAAACACACGAAGGGACUAAUUUCAAAAACUGCUCCUUUUAUUUGCUGAAUAGCUAGGUAAGUAGCUACUUAACAUAUCUGCUGUCAAAGCAUAAACAAGAAUCGACAAAAAUCCACACAGAUUUCAUUUGUUUAAAUGCACCACACCAGUGCGAACAGAGGAGGUAAGAUAAGUCUGGUUGUGUGGAUAUUAAAGAUAAUGUCAGACCAAAACCAGCAAGUAUUAUGUGAGUGUAUCAAAGCCUGUUCUCUCUGUCCCACAGAGCUCCACUGUUGUUCCUAAAAUAGUUAGAUAUCUCACUGUUGACCUCGGUGACUUGUUCUUUCAUUAGCAUGAAUGCAAACAUUGUAGCAUACAUAGGCCUAGCCCCACACACACUGUCCCGCUGUCACAAAAAAACACUGAAGCACCAAAUGUAGAUUAAUCUGUCACUGAAAAUAGUCCCCAGCUAUUGGUCUGUUAAAUCCAACGACUGAGGAAAUAAUCUUUUCAACAGAGAGUAUUUAUUUGUAUGUAAGCUGUUUUUCAACUCUUACACACUUAGUUUAACUUCAGGUAAAAGCUCAUAACUGCACAGACACGGUCUCUUCCUUUGAAAGAGUGAUCAGGUGUUGAGACCAAGCGCACGGAAAAGUUUUCACGCAGCGAUUAAAUAGAUUCAUGCCAUAAGAGGCCAUGUAUUAAAAAAAAAUGUAAUUUUUAACAAAAACAUAUGCGUCACACAGAGUUGAGAUUGAGCACUGAAAAUCAGAAACAAAAGACAUGCUUUUACAAGCUGGAAUCAGAACUUUCAGCGCAGUUUCAUAAAAAUCAAAAAGUCUACCCAGUUUUAAUUUGGGCUCAUAUUCAAGUGUAUCUCCUUGUGCACCUGUGGACUGGUUUCAUCCUGGCUUCUAUUGUUUUUCAUGCAGUGUAUGCUGGAUCUCCUUCACUGUGCGAAAAUGUUGAUCUUAAGAGUUCAUUUUAUUUUGGUGGUAAAAAUUCCAGUGAGGCAAAUUUGGUGAAUGAUCGUGUUGCUGUGGAGUUUUCAAUGCACUCUGCACUCUGAGCGGACACAUCACGGCACAUAAAACCACACCACAGACCCUCUGACUGGUCUCCCUCAGACUCCCCACGUUGAAUUCAUGAACUCGUGAUUAAUAAACUGAGCAAUUCUGCCUUUGAGCAGCUUCUUGGUCAUCACCAAGUGCUGAUCGCCUUCUUGUGAAAUUUGGGUCGGUUUUAAACAAAAGAUGUUUAACCUCUGCCAAAGUUUAAGGUCACACUGUAAAUACCCAAAAUGAGAUUUCCGUGACAGGGUCUAAAAAUCGCAGCUAUUCGGACGUGCCUGAGGAGAUGAUUAUGAAUGGGAGACUGGCUAGAUUGAUCACACCUUGUAUAAAGAGACAGAAUUUAAAAAAACAGAAUGUGCAGAGGAGGAGAAGAGGAUGACCACAGAAAAUUCCUGGAUGUAGUGAAGGAGGACAUGCAGAGGGUGGGUGUGACAGAAGAGGAUGCUGGGAUAUGGUGAUGAUAGAGGCAGAUGAGUUGCUGUGGUGACUCCUAAAGGGAGCAGCUGAAAGAAGAAGAAGAAAACGGAUACAUAAAAAUGCAUAAAAGCUCAAAUAAUUUCUCAUACAGAUUCUGGUUGACUCAUAUUUGUGUUCAUUGGUGUAGCUGUCACACAGGGUCAACACGGGGUUGUUGGGUUUUUUGUUUGCCUUCCGACAUCAGAGGCUGGAGAGCCAGGCUGUGAUAUGUCAGUAUGUGACUGUUUCAGUAUUAACAGAGAAAACUAACAUUAUUUUAAAGGGCUUUUCUGGAGCAUUCAGUGAUCCAGUGACUGUGAAUUAUGAGGGACAACAUUUAUAUCCUGUUAAGACAUCAUGCUGUAGAUAAACGCUGUUCUCCAACUUAGAUAUUAAGUAUUUAAUACCUAAAGGAGGAGGAAUGAAUUGUACAUACAGUAUUUAAGGGGAAAAGAUACAGAUAUAUGUCAAAUAUUCUUGAUGACAGAGCAGUAGAUCCAAAUUAUAUUUUACAAAUUUUACAUCCAUAGAGAGAAACAACUCUACAGCUCCUGGACUCAUUUAUUCUUCUUUCACAAAACAACACAGAUGCUGACAAAUUUAUCGGAUCGGAAACUUUGUUUGGAGCAAACUUUCACUCUAGCAACAUGUAUGAUAAAAUAGUACGCUGCUAAUCAAAAAGGUUUGUUCUCAUAGGCUCACAGAGAGACUGGGUGUAUUUGCCUGUCUGUCAAACAGUGCACAACCUGCAGUGCUGUGAUCUGAAACAUAUAUUUGGAAAUCUUUCAGCAGAAGACUUUUACUAUAUGAUGAAAACUUAUGAGACUGUAUAUGCCUAUAUGUAUAUCUCCAGCUGCAUUGCUGGAGUCUGAUAUUUUUUGGCCACCUUUUUUGAGCAAGAAGGUAAAUCUAACCAAGAGCAAGAACAGACCACACAGUUAUACAACCGGAACUUACCAGCCAUGCCCUCAAUCAUACACUGCUUCACAAUUCACUCUAAACGAGACCAUGAUUUAAAAUAAACCUCAUAUUAUAUCAAAUAAAUAACGGCUUGAAACUAGUAAUAGAAACUAUCAAUUAAAGAAAGCACUGUCCUUCACAACCAGAGCAGUUGCUGCAUGAUGGCCAUUAAGAAAUAGGCAGGUUUACUUAGUUUAGUGCAGCAUUACUGCAAUAAAAAAACUUAAAACUGGCUGUUUGUACACUGACACAGCUAAACUGACUGCACAGUAGUUCUGUUCAGUUUUUGAUAAACAUUAGCAAAUGAUCCUUCACUUUUCUAACAAGCUUCAAGCCGGAUGGAUGGUAGAAUCACAGCCAUGAAGACAAAAACAGAGGCACAUCAUUCAACUCCUGCCCCCUUGUCAUAGUGUGGUCUGUGCCAGCUGGUCCUGAAGCCACCAUCUUUAGUCAGUGCAUUUGGUUUGUUUCUCUCCUCUGCUCGCUGUUUCACUUUGUUUGUGUGAGGUGCUUUUAGUCCUUCAAUUCACUGCAUCAAAAAAAUAAAUGAACAUAUAUGUGCAGCAUCUACACAUCUUUCAUUACCUCAUACAUGGAUUAUUGUCUCUAAGUUUAAUGUCCACAGAAAAACCAUGUUCCAUACAUUAUGUAUCAUAUGGUCAUCCCAUGAUUUCUCCAUGCAGCCUCCAGAAAGCUGAACAUGCUUAGAAAAGAUGUCAAGAAAGGUUAUAUUUUUAUUUGGUCGUCCUAAGUAAAGCACUGUCCUCACAGCUCCUUCUGAUCUGUGUGAGUUUGGGUCAUGGAUUGCUUCUGCUCACUGAGGAAUGACACUAUUCAGGGUAAGAGAACAUACAGUGGGGCAAAAAA